CUGAGAUUAAAGAGAUUUGAGCCGAAAUCAGCCCAUGUCAACCCCUCAUCCAGUGGAACGAAUCCCCACAACAAUCUACUCUGCAACCACAAAACACAAGGAAUAACAAAAUGCUCUCCACCCUCCUCCUAAUUUUCAAAGCCCUGGGCCUAACCUUCAAACAACUAACCAUCCACCUCUCCCUCGUGCUCACCCCGCGCCUCCACCGCCUGACCUACCGCUCCGUGCCUCACCCCAAAAACAUCGUCAUCAUCGGCGCUUCCUUCGCCGGCUACCACGCCGCCCGCCGCCUUGCCUCCACCGUCCCAACGGGCUAUCGCGUUGUCAUCAUCGAACGGAACUCCCACUUCCAGCUGACAUGGGUCCUGCCCCGCUUCAGUGUCGUGGGCGGCCACGAGCAUAAAGCCUUCAUCCCGUACAAGGGGUAUCUUGCGCCUGUGGCGGAGGGGGCGUAUACUUGGGUCAACGGGUCAGUGGGUAGUGUCAUUGUGUCGGAUGGAGAUGCACCGAAGGGACAAGGGAAGGUCGUGCUUGGGGAAUCGGGCGAGGAGAUUGAGUUUGAGUAUUUGGUUGUCGCGACGGGGGCGGUUGCCUCGGGGUUACCGUCGCGAGUUGGGGUGAUGACGAAGGUUGAGGGAAUGAAGGUGUUGGUGGGUGAGCAGGAAAGGAUUCGUGCGGCGAGAGAUGUGGUUGUGCUUGGGGGUGGGGCGGCUGGGGUGGAGAUGGCCGGUGAUGUGAAGGAACGGUAUCCGGAGAAGAAUGUGACACUGGUGCAUUCGAGGGAGAGACUGUUGAAUCGGGGGUACGGGGAGGGCUUGAGCCGGAGGGCGUUGGAGGGCUUGGAGGGCUUGGGAGUGACAGUGCUAUUGGGGGAGAGAGUGGUAGAUGGUGAUCACAAUUUAACCGGGGAGGUUAGGUUGAAGUCUGGUGGGGUGGUUAAAUGUGAUUGCUUGGUCAAAUGUGUUGGGCAAAGGCCAAACUCGGGAUUGGUGGCUAAGGUAUCACCUUUGUCAGUCACUGAGUCGGGGCAUAUCAGGGUACGACCCUCACUGCAAUUGGCGGAUGAGGCCUGCAGCCGUAUCUAUGCAGCUGGAGAUGUGAUUGAGGUGAAUACAGUGCAGAAUGCGCGUGGAGCACUCCAGCAAGCGGAAGUCGUUGCACGGAAUAUCGUGCGAGCAAUCAAAGGCAAGCGCCUGGUCGUGUAUCGGCCGAAUUGGUGGGAGAGUGCAACAAAGCUCACGCUCGGCUUGAAGAAGAGUGUGAUGUAUAUGAGUGACGGGUCUGCCGAGUUGAUCGUUUCCACCAAGAGCAAAGAAGAGCUGGACAGUGCUCGUGUCUGGAAAUACUUUGGAUUGAAGCCCUUCAAUGAUACUAGCAAGGAGAAGACGAUUUGACAUAGACUAGAUGAU